GGGGCUUUAGAGAAAAAGUACCAGCGAGUGAGGUCAGCAGCGUAGCAUGAGUCAACCUUGGGGAUGUAUGCAGUCAUCCUCGCGGGUCGCUGUUAUUGUGCGGGGCCUGCCGUCGCUGCUGUCCGCGCACAGAGCUGCGGGUGUGCGCUCCUGCUCCUGCGGGCCGAGCCGCCGCCACUGGCAGCUUUCAUGACAAACACAGGUGUCACCAAUGAAUGGGAAACGCACCUUGACUUCUGAUCUGUUCAGCUCCCUGCUGGUGACCUCGGAGCGGGUCACUGAGAACUUCAGAGGAGAAGAUUAUCUUGAAUGACUCAACUCCUCAUCACCCCCGAUCUUACUGUAGUUCUCAGCUCUGUCGCACUACGGAAAUCCAUUAGAGGGGUGUUCUGAACAUUUGUUUACUUUAUGAACAUAAAGACACCUCCAGUGGAGUAAUAGUGCGUUAGUGGACUGAAAUAACCACCUGCCUCGGCUUAUUCAUGCCCGUCAUGAGCGUACCAGCCCAGCAGAAACCCAGCGCCAAAAGAACAGGGAAACGAAUCACCUUUUUCACCGAUCAAAGUGUAGCUAUGAAGGAGACCGCUCAGCACCCGGAGGGCGCCUACUACGUCACAAGCGGCACUUCCUCCGACCCCGGGCAGAGUGAGGCCGCCAGUACUGUUACGUCUAAUCCAGAGGGUACCCACAUGUACCUCAACUCUGUCAUCUUCAGCCCAGAUAAGGGCGACCAAAGCAGAGGUCACUAUCAGCAGACUGUCCCGAUGAAGUGGGCUCACCAGGAGUCGAGCCAGCCGCAGCCGUCGCUGUCCCAGCAGCAGAGGGCCGCCUCGUGGAAUCCCAUGCCCAACUGGGGGCAGAACUUUGCAAAUUACAUUGGUGGCGUUAAUGUCUCAGACUCAAGGACCCAGAAUGCAUUUGUGAAGGCCAUGCAUGAGUCUACUGGCUUGCAGCCGCAUCAGCAGCCGACUAACAGAGGUGGAGAGAAGCCUGGAGUGGAAGCGUACAGGGAUCCGGCGAAGCCCCGCAGCCUGGAGUGGGAGCAGCAGCAGCCGCAAGGCUUUCCGGACACCUUGAAACCCGGAGUGUUGAACACCCAGUCGCAGAGCUCCUCACACCCAGGAGGGAGUUCAGUCUUGCAGCCCUUUCAGUUGGCUUUUGGCCAGCCCAAGCAGCACCUGCCGGCUUACUAUCAGUCUUUUCAGGGGAACAGGACGACGUUGCCAAACCCUCCGAACUACUCGACGGCGAACCCCAAGCCUGCGCAUCAGGUACAGCAGCUGCAGAGGCAAGAACAAAUCCAGCGCCAGCAACACCACAUCAUUCAGCAACAAAUUCAGCAGCAGCAGCAGCAGCAGCAGCACCACCACCACCAUCAACAACAAAUGCAACAGCAACAGAUCAUUCAGCACCAACAGCAUGUGCAGCAGCAGCUACAGCAGCAGCAGAUACAGCACGAGCAGCAGCAACAAAAGAUACAGCAGCAGCAACAACAGCAGCAGCAGCUCCAAAUUCAACAGCAAAUGCAACAUCAGCAGUUGCAACAACAAAACCCUCAUGUGCUUGACUAUUACCCCGGUGCACAAAAUGCACAUCCUCACCCGCAGCCCGUCGUGGUGCACUCCCAGGAGUCCUCUGCUCCGGCUCCCCCGACGAUCCAGGAGCCCAUCAUCCAGGACAUCACCCCAGAGCCCCAGCAGCCGUCUGACCCGCUCCACCCGCCCCUGCAGCCCGACGCCCUGUCCCAGUCGCAGCCUCAGUCGCAGCUUCAGUCCCAAGCGAGUCUUCGUAGAUCUCGGCGGCUCUCCAAGGAAGGCGGGGCGCCUUCCGACAACCCCUUCCUUCCUGCCGCUUCGGAGCAGCUGGCCGCCGGUCCACAGGGCUCCCAAAACGGCGCCCGUGACAUUCAGGCCGCCCCUACGGGCGUCAUCCAGAGCACCCGCAGGAAACGCAGGGUGUCUCAGGAGGUCAACCUGGAGACUCUCGCCCAGAAGGCUUCGGAGAGGGAGUCGCUGCCGUCACAUGUUGUUAAGCAGGAGCCGCACCGGCCGUGGAGUCCCACCGAAUCGGAGGGCAUGAACGCCAAGCGGCCUCGAGACGACAACCUCGUCCCGCUCGUCAUCCCCGUGUCGGUUCCGGUCCGGAGGCAGGAGCCGUCGUCCCCCAGCAGGGACCCCGCGUCUCUGGCGUCGUCCUGGCCCCCCAGGCCCUCGAACCCCCUGGACCUCGGUCGCUCGGACCACAAGCCGUCGGUCAUCGUCACCCGCAGACGCUCGCUCAGGAACUCGCUGUCAGAGAGCUCGGAGCAGGCUGACGCCACAGAGGGCGACAAAGAUGAAGACGGCAAAAAGUCCAAACGGCGUCCCCGGCCCGAACCCCUCUUCAUCCCGCCGCCGAAGCCCGGUUUGUUCAUCGCCCCGCCCGUCUACUCCAGCAUCACGUCCUACCAAAGCCACCUGCGCUCCCCGGUGCGCCUGGCGGACAACCCGCUCACGAUACCCCCCUACACGCCCCCGCCCAUCCUCAGCCCCGUCCGCGAGGGCUCGGGCCUUUACUUCGCCACUUUCCUGUCGUCGUCCGCGGCCAGCGGCCCGGGCCUGCCUCCCCCGGCGACGCCGAAGUCGGCCACACGCAGCUUGUUGCGCUCCAACAGCUGCGAUAUCACGCCGCCAGUUCUGUCUGCUAUGAGCGAGGCCACUCCAGUCAGCAUUGAGCCACGGAUAAAUAUUGGGUCACGGUAUCAGGCGGAGGUGCCAGAGCUGAGGCAGCGGGCGGCUGUUGAGUCGGAUCGUCACAGCGCCGACCUGGUCUGGGCGCCGCUCGACGAGCUGGACGAAAAGCCCGACUUCCAGCAAAAAGUGGAGGACCUCAUGCACCUGGCCUGCUCCAGUGUUUUGUGUGGAGGAGGCACCAACCAGGAGUUAGCCCAUCACUGUCUGUUCGAGUGCAAAGGGGACAUCAUGGCCGCUCUGUCCCUGCUAAUGCUGAGGAAUCCCAUUUUCCCCAAGUCGAACCAUCUGUCCAGCUACCACUACUCAGGAUCAGACAGCUGGACGGCGGCUGAGCGACGCCAGUUCAACAAAGGCAUCGCCGCCUACAAGAAGGACUUCUUCAUGGUUCAGAAACAGGUGUCCACCAAGACGGUGGCGCAGUGCGUGGAGUUCUACUACACGCACAAGAAGCACGUGAAGGUCGGCCGCAACGGGGCGCUCGUCUACGGCGAGGCGGAGCCGCUGGAGAGCAGGACCACCGAGGAGGAGACGGACCACAAGCAGGGCUCGCAGCGCCUGGAGCCACAGCGGGAGGACGACAGCCGGAAGUGGGAAGGCUCAGCUGACAGGAAGACGGACGUCUGCCCCGGCGGCGUGACGCAAACACUGCAGUCCUCCGAAAAUCAGCCCGGCUCCGUCCUGAUCAUGAAGAGCCAGGAGGACCUGGGCAGGGAGCCUCCGUUGCCGCGGGUCAUCCACCCUCCCCACCCGCCUCCGCCCAGCUCCAAGCCGCGCUUCGACGGCAACGCGCGCCGGACCACCCCCUCCACGGGCGCCAAAGCCUCCGCCGGGCAGGAGGGCGAGUUCCCCUGCAAGAAGUGCGGCAGGAUUUUCUACAAGGUGAAGAGCCGCAGCGCCCACAUGAAGAGCCACGCCGAGCAGGAGAAGAAGGCGGCGGCGCUGCGGCAGAAGGAGGCCGAGGAGCACGCCGCGGCCAAGGCCGCCGCCGAGGCGGCCGCCAUCCUGGCGGCGCGGCAGCAGAACGGCACGCGGCAGAUGGGCGGCGACAGCACCAACGACGACUCCACGGACGGCGACGACGACGACGACGACGACUGGCAGUGAGGGGGGGGGGGGGGCGGAGACCGAACCCUCACCUCAGCUUCCUGCAUGUUUUGUGGAUCAAGGCGACCUCAGAAGGACUCCUGUCGUCGGCGUUUUAACUGUGAACGCGUGGACCCGACAAGCGCGCGCUUUCUAAAAAAAAAACAAACAAACAAACUCCCCUUUAACUCUAGCUUGAAAAGCUUCUCAAGAGUUUACCUCUCUUGGUCACAGGGCUCGGUCAAAUCAAAGCCAUGCCGCUCCUCCGGGCGACGCCACGCCUCCUGCCCCCCCAGCCGAGGCCUUCCUCUGCACUUUGAGUCUCGCCCUGCUUCGUUUCCACAGACGACCCCCCCCCCCACCCACCCCGGAGGAUGGGAUCUACGGAUCACCUGUUCCGCCGCUCUCCUGCACUCGAAGCUGCCAAACGCUCUUUCAGACGCAUGACUGUUUCUUCGGGCUUUCGUUCUGUGAACCCCUUCCCGCCUUCAGCCCUCGUCAAGUUUUAUAGCCCCCCCCCGGCCCCCAGUCUGCCCCCCACUGUUGAUGCCUUGGAUGUUUUGAUGCUUUUUAUCUCAAAAUGACAAUCAAUUUUACACUGUUGUUGUUUUUUCUAUGAACAUAUAUACAGGUGAACAUCACUUUUCCUGCCUGUGUAGCUAUACAUGGUUAUUGUUGUUGUUUUUGUGAAUAUUCCCGUCUAUGGUUAUUAUUAUUAAUAUUAUUAUUAUAUUCGAGUUUUGGCUGCAAUUUAAUUGAGUGCUUUCCUGUUUUGUCCAUCGCUUUUUCUUUUUUCUUUUUUUUUUUCUAUUUAAACAAAAGAAAUGCUAUUGCUGCCUGUUUAUAACUGUGAGAUGUUUCUUUUGGGAAGCCAGAAAUGAAGAAAAAGGCAGAAAUGUAUGUGCAAUAGAACAAGCCCCCUCCCCCCUCCUCCCCACUCUGUCUCCCCCCCCCCCCCCCCUUGUCACUAACAGGAGGGACUGACUCAGACUGUUGAAGCCACAGGUCUCUAUAGAUACACAAAACAGAGCAGGCAAGGCGGCAGACGGGACAGAUCGACCCAGAGCUGUGUUUCAGGACAAGCGUGCAGAGGUGGUUUUUUUUUUUUUUUGUUUGUUUCUUUUUCACUGCACAUCAAACCUGCUCUUUAGAUAUCCACAUUUGACUGUUUCACUCUUCUUCUGUCACUUUUUGCCAGUAAAUUAUUGACUUUUUGUCAGGACGCGGUUCCACAGACAUAUUUUAAAUGCGAAUAAGAUUUUGUUUAGUAAAAUCAGAUCAAUUCUCUCUACCUCAGCAUUUUGCUCCUCAUGCCUUCCACAGACUGCUGCUGAUUGGGUUUUUUUUUUUUUUUUUUUUUUUAAGUAAUAUACUAAAUUUGUGCAAACUCAAAAUUUCUAAGAUUUUGAAGGGUUUUAGAUUCUGAUGACUGAAGAUACAUUACUGGCAACAUGUGACCGUCAUGACCACAAGCCUUCGUUUCCUUCUUGAUUCUCAUAAGUUUUAUGCUUAAUAAUUCUGCCGUUUUCCAUUUUAACUCUUCGACUGUUUACACGUAUAGCUUGUGGCCGGGCUUUAAAAAAAAAAAGUCUUCAAAUUUUGCAAGUUUUCACGUCGAGCUUCUGCAUUCUUGCGCCGAAAUCCUGUUUGUAGCGAGAGCUGAUCUGUCGGGGGAGAAAGAGGAAGGCGGGGUGUCCCGCUGUGCAGGAGCAGGGCUGUUGUGACACCUCGGCGCCCCGCCGGGAGCCCCUCUUGUGUGGGGUCAGCGGCCGCUGAAGGGCACGGCCAAGGAAAUGUGCAAACUAGUGGCACAUUCCACAUCUACAUGAAUAUAUUCAUUACAAGGAUGCAUUUUCAAAAUGUUUAUGUCGAUUAUUUAAAAAAAAAAAAAAAAAAAAAUGAGGCUGCUCAAGGGCAAACUCGGCUGGAUGUUUCGGUCCGUCUGACCCUGCUGUGUGUAUCUAUGGUCGCCUUUUUAUUUCCCCUGUUUACCCCGCGGCUGAUAAGAGGCGCCGAAUGAAUUCGCAUAUCACUACGUAUGGCGAUUUUGAAGCCUCUCAGCCCGGAGCCAGCAACAAAUGGGUUAAAGAGGGCGGGGGGUUGCUUUCCUUUAAAGGACAAACCACGGUGGGGGAUCUGGAGGGCUCCAGUUACCAGUUACUCCCCGAGCUGAGCCUGGGUCUAUGCACAGACUGUGUGUGAGUGAGAGUGUGCGUGUGUGUGUGGGUGAAUGAGUGCUUUGAGGUCAAAUGUUUAACUGUAUGCCAGUUAAUGUAGGAGAGAAAAAAAGAAAACAAAGGUUUGCAGACUGUUCACAUGUUUGGUGUAUUAAUUUAUAUUUCCUGUGUGUCGGGGCUCGUCUGGAGGCCGCUGUGGGGCGGGGGCGCACGCUAAAGGGUUUUCACAGUCUGGAUGAAAGAGGGGGGCCGCAAACACACAGCUGUAAACUUUCCUACUUUCAUCCGGUUGGUUAAGGGAAUUUUAAGGGGACAAAUGGUUUAUUUAGCUAAAGAUUAGAAAAUAUAUAUAUAUAUAUAAAUAUGAAUGGAAUUCUAUGUUUGCAUACUUUCUAUGCUAUUUUCAUAUGGGGUUCACACUAAUGACAAAAAACAGAAAGGAAUCUCAAAGUGCUUUUUACUACAGUGUAACUUAUUUGUUUUGAUUUGAUUUUUACCACCCGUGUUUUUAGUAAUGAUUUACGAUGCACUGUAUAUUAAAGUUUUAAAAUAUCC